AUUUCUAAAAGUCGGUUUUCAAUGCCUGUUCUUCUGAUAUAAGACCACGUCGACUGAAGUCCUCUUCGUCUCCGUCAUUCUUCACCUUCCGUCAGCUGUGGUUUCGCUCUUGACGUAUAUGAUGGAAUUCCAUCUUUUUGGGGACUUUCCUCCUGAGAUUCGGGUGUUGAUUUGGCAGUUUGCUAUCCCCGAGAACGAACCAGAAGUUUGUAUCGUGCAGCCAGCAUGCGACACGCCCCAGUCCUUACUUGUGUAUACCGCAUUCCCGGUGCUGAUGCACGUAUGUCACGAGUCUCGUCAGCUCGUGCAGAAUUCGCGAUUAAGUGGAAUCAACUUCAUAUCCUCGAAAUCAGCCAACAGUACAGCUGGAUGCCUCGUUCCCUCCCGCCGCUUCCGGCCAGAAUUGGACACCCUGUUUUGCCCAAUCGGAGGCCCUGCCGCACUUGAAGAUAUUUCUAGCCAAGAUGAACUCGAAUCAAUCCUCCAGGAAACACGCUACUUGGCCGUCUCGGGUAAAAAGGAGUAUAUCAACCUAUUAGCAUGGAUCUUGCUGUUCCAUUUCCCGAAGCUAGAGACGCUAUCCGUGGUUGUCGGCGAUAUGUCUCCUGACUCAUGCUUCGAGUCCUGCUUUGACGCGCCAAAGACUAGAUGCAAGUUAAGCAGAAUAUCGGGCGAGCCUGCUUGGUCAAUGGUUCGGGGGGCGAAGCAAUCCGUCGAUGUUGGAGUCCCGGGGCCAGUUCAUUUCUCAGAUUGCAUGGGGCACUACACCCAUGAACUUGAGAAACUCAUGGCGGAAUGUGUCGAGGACAUGGAAAGAACCAUACGAAAGUCGCAUCCAUGGUGGGAUAAUGAAUCAAAUGCUGUCAGGAAGGUCAAAUACUCGGUACAGGCGUUCGUGGAGUGCUAGGCAGAUGGUGCUUUCGGGCUAAGCGAAUUUGUGGAAGAAGGCAAUACAUUAACGGCGUAACCUACAAGAAGCUGAGAAGUAUGCCAGUAUAUUAUAUAAUAAUCAGAAUCUGCCCCGUGUGGCGAGCUUAGACAUACCCUAUUUCUUGUUCCAGAUAUUAGCGGAAAACAUUGAGUUCCCAGCGCCUUCCUUUCGCUUCUUUAUCUCGACGAUUCUGAACUUGCUCCUUCCAAUGGGGGCUCGCUCAGUUGGUUUCCGGCACCUACCCAAUGUACCCAGGUAGGUAAGGUAGGUAGGCACCUAGGUAGCCUUUACCUGCCUCCUUCCCUCUUCAAAGUCAGGCCUCUCGCCAAGUCAGGCCUCUCGCC